UUCUUUCUCCGAGGUGGUUCGACAAUGGAAUUAUCAUUCUCUUCAAUCACGCCAGGAAGAGGUCGGAGAUGUCCUUUGGCAGGGCCUUUGCACCGAGGAAGAGUUAAGACGCCUCAGUGGAAUCCUUGCUUACUGUCCAUCGGACGACCUAAGAAUUUUGUGCAACUAUCAUCUAGGCGAUCUGGCUAUUGGAAAAGGAAGGAUGCGCACUUUAAGGUUUUAUGCGGUCAAAUGGACGAAAGGGGAGUUGUUCAUGUAGUAGAGGGCAGUUGUAUUGAUGAGAUAUAUGAUGCACUGGCUAAACGUCUUCUACCUACUGCAACAACGACAUCAAACUCUAAUUAUAAAUAUUUGGUUGCUCUGGCUGGUCCUCCUGGUGCCGGAAAAAGUACUCUAGCACAUGAAGUAGUCAGUCGUAUAAACAAAUCAUGGCCAGAGAAAUCUACUUCAUUAGAUUCUCAGGUCAAGCCUUCUGAUGUUGCAACAGUGGUUCCAAUGGACGGUUUUCACCUUUAUCGUUCUGAACUAGAUGCAAUGGAGGACCCACAGGAAGCUCAUGCCAGAAGGGGAGCUCCUUGGACAUUCAAUCCUUCACGCUUGCUUGCAUGUCUCAAGAGUUUAAGGAGUCAGGGAUCAGUGUAUGCGCCAUCAUUUGACCAUGGUAUUGGGGACCCUGUGGAAGAUGAUAUUUUUGUGAACCUGCAGCAUAAAGUGGUUAUUGUAGAGGGCAACUACUUGCUUUUGGAAGAUGGCAUAUGGAAGGAGUUAUCAUCUUUGUUUGACGAGAAGUGGUUUAUUGAUGUAGACAUCGACAAAGCCAUGCACCGAGUUUUAAAGAGACAUAUAUCAACUGGCAAGCCCCCGGACGUUGCUGAAUAUCGAAUAGAGUACAAUGACCGGCCCAAUGCAGAGCUUGUUAUGAAGUCCAAAAAUAAUGCUGAUCUUGUAAUCAAGUCAAUUGAUUUCUGAUUAAUCACCUUGCUGCGUAUUUCUGGAAACUGGAAAAUUGAGGAAGGGAAUUUAUUUAUUUACUUAUUUCAUUUUGGUGUAAACAGAAGGAAAGUAUUAGGGGGUCAUGAUGAAAGAAUAAUCCCUGGGAUAAUGUAUUUUUGAAGGAUUUUUGGGUGUGUCUUCAACCCAAUUGCCUGGUUGAAUUGCCCAAAAAAACGGGAGAUCUGGACUUCGACAACACAACGCAUCAAAUAACACGAAGAAGGAGAAGAGCUUAACAUUUGCAUGCAAAUUUUGUCCUCUAUUUCUCCGGUUACUUUCGGAAGGUUUGAAGCCCUUCAUCCACUCCAUUUCUCUCUACGACAUAGUAAUUACUCAUCACAUAUCAGAUUAUAUAUUCCCAGGUUA